AUGUACUACAACUGCUGCCCUGGAAACUUCCCCUCCUGCUCCCUUGGAGGCUAUCUGCGCUGCCCAGGCUCCUUCCAGCCCAGCAACCUGGUCUACAGCACUGACCUCUGCUCUCCUAGCACCUGCCUGCUGGGCUCCUCUCUAUUACGAAGCUGUCAGGAGAACUGCUAUGAGCCCAUCAGGUUCCAGACAUCUCGUGUGAUGUCCUUUCCCUGCCAGACAUCCUGCUACCACCCCAGGACCUCCAGGCUCUGCAGUUCCUGCUGGACAACUUAUGCUGGGUGUCUGGGCUUUAAGUCCAGCAGUUGCCUCUCCUUGAGCUCUGGAUACAGAAGCUGCUACUCAAUGGGCUUUGGAUCCCAUGGCUUCAGACCCCUGGGUUAUGGAGUCUGUGGCUUCCCUUCUCUGGGCUGUGGAUCCAGAUUCUGGCACCCAAUCACGGAGUUUCCGUUCAUCUUGUUACUGGCCAAUCUGUAG